GACAUGGAAGAGCUCUUGAAGUGCUUGCAGAAACAUUGGAAGAUACAAAUAUUGAUGAAUGCAACAUUGAUAAUUUGAUGCAUCAUUUAUGUUCUAAUAUUAUUCGUCAUUAUGAAGAUGCUUUCAAUAUAACUGCUUUAGAAGCACAGACUAUUGCACGAUUAAUAUUGACCAGAAAACUUUUGGAUCGAAACAAAUAUGUCCCCAAUACAGACAAAUUACCAGACUCCUUUGUUUAUCCUGGAUUAAUUCGAUUUGAGAGAAUAGGGAAUAGUGCUGAGGGAUAUUUUGAAGCACCAUACAUUUGGGUCUGGAUAAUGGCACAGCAAGCUGCAAAAAAUGGAGAUCCAUUACUUAAAGACUGGCAAUUCUGUGAUUACAGAGAGCACAGCUCAGUAUCUGACUGGAGGUUGCCAGUGGGAUCUCAGUUUUGGAAUCAUUUUGAACAUUUCAUUGCAACUUUUC